UCGUCAAUCUCAGGAUGGAUUCUCUCGUGGCAGCCAACACCAAAUUUUGCUUUGAUCUUUUCCAGGAGAUAAGGAAAGAUGAUCCUCAUAAAAACAUUUUCUUCUGUCCUCUGAGCCUCUCGGCUGCCCUUGGCAUGGUCCGCCUGGGGGCCAGAAGUGACAGUGCACAACAGAUUGACCAGGUACUACACUUCAAUGAAUUUUCCCAGAGUGAACGAAAAGAACCUGAUCCCUGUCUGAAAAGCAAAAACCAAGAAGUGCAGGCCGAGUCUUCCAGUGAUGAGAGUGGACUGCUCAGUUGCUACUUCGGGCAGCUUCUCUCCAAGAUAGACAGGAUCGGAGUUGAUUACAACCUAAGUAUUGCCAACCGGCUUUAUGGAGAGCAGGAAUUCCCCAUCCGUCCGGACUACUUAGAUGGUGUGAUUCAAUUUUAUCACACAACCAUUGAAAGUGUUGAUUUCCGGAAGGACACCGAAAAGUCCAGACAACAGAUUAACUUUUGGGUUGAAUCUCAGUGCCAAGGUAAAAUCAAGGAACUCUUCGACGAGGAAGCUAUUGACAGCGCAACCAUACUGGUGCUGGUGAAUGCUGUUUACUUCAAGGCCAAAUGGGAAAAAUAUUUCGAUUCUGAAAACACAGUUGAUGCGCUUUUCUUUCUAAAUGAGAAUGAAAAGAAGACUGUGAAGAUGAUGAAGCAAAAGGGCCUAUUUCGAAUCGGCUUCAUAGAGGAGCUGAAGGCACAGAUCCUUGAAAUGAGGUAUAUUAAGGGGGAGCUCAGCAUGUUCGUCCUGCUGCCUCCUUACUCUGCAGAUAACGUGAAGGGCCUGGAAGAGCUUGAAAGGAACAUCACUCAUGAAAAAAUAGUGGCCUGGAGCAGCUCAGAGAAUAUGUCAGAAGAAACAGUAGCCGUCUCCUUCCCGCAGUUUACCCUGAAAGACAGCUACGAUCUCAAUUCUAUUCUACGGGACAUGGGCAUCACGGAUAUCUUUGAGGAAGGGAAGGCUGAUCUUACUGGAAUCUCUCCAAGUCCCAAUUUGUACCUGUCAAAAAUUGUCCAUAAAACCUUUGUGGAAGUGGAUGAAGAUGGCACUCAGGCAGUUGCCGCCAGUGGGGCUGUUGGCAUGGAAAGGUCCAUACUUUCCCGGGUGACGUUUACUGCUGAUCACCCUUUCUUCUUUUUCAUCAGACACAACAAAACCCAAACCAUUCUCUUCUAUGGCAGGGUCUGCUCUCCUUGAAAGGAGCACACUGUCUAGGGCCCAGGAGCUGGAAGAAAGUGGCAGUAUGGUCUCCCCCUGGCAUAACAUGGGCAUUUGCAUUCUUGCUGAUAUCUUCUGUCACAGCUCCAAGCCCCCUUCCUCCGGCCACUCGGCCUGUGCUUGUCCUGAUCCUUCUCUCAACCUGUAGCUGACUUUCAUCUACCCCCAUUAGUAUUGAAGUCCCUGGCUCCCUCCCUGGCCUUUCAUCAUACUAAGCUUUCAAGCAUAUAAUUCACCCUCUGUGACCUGCAGGUCAUGUAAUUGA